AUGCUUGCGGUGGAGGAGGAUCGGAUUGCAAUGGGAGCAGACAGACACUUGACACCGACAUCUCACCAUCGACAUCUCACCAUCGACAUCUCACCUCCGUCAUCUCACCUCCGUCAUCUCACCUCCGUCACUCUCACCUCCGACACUCUUACCUCCGACACCUCCACCUCCGACACCUCCACCUCCGACAUCUUACCUCCGACACUCUUACCUCCGACACCUCCACCUCCGACAUCUCACCUCCGACACCUUCACCUCCGACUCUCUCACCUCCGACAUCUCACCUCCGCAAGUUCCACAUGGCCAUCGAGCCGAUCGGUCGGAACGGUAGAGGAUGAAGUGAGGAUUGGUCGAGCAAAGGCCGAUGCAAGAGCCGGACAGUAG